GACGGAAACAGUUUGUUGCUAUGAAUGAGUACUGUGCGCGACUGUGAUGUGGGCUACGCGUGGCCCUCGGGCUCUCUCUGUUACAUAUCAGCACAAGGCUGGAUGUGUAUCAGGUCGUAGAUCGUUGUAUAUAUGCGAUCAAACAUAUCAAUACAAAGCUAAACACUUAGCAAUUCUUAGAUCUCUAUACACGAGCACGCAGCCACAAGUAUUUCUCACAACUGGCAAAGACCUACAACUCCAUCAAGCACUUAGCCGUAGCUAUAGUUCCUUAGUAAAUCUGACUGAUCAGUCACAGAGACAAUCAAGAAACCAUACAUCGUCAGCACAGUCACCAAGUUCUCUAGAUAUAUUUCAUAAUGUUUUCCAGAAUGGGCCGGCAUUCCCCAUCGCUGCUUCUGACAUCGAGAUACUGCACGAGCCCUCUGUGUUCGCACAGAGACUCACAGAUGGUAUUGCAGGCGCUGAAAAACGCGUCGUUGUCGCUUCCUUAUACCUGGGUACAGGUGCCCAGGAGAAGGCCAUAGUGCAAGCACUCGAAACAGCCAGUAGUAACGGGGCUAGCGUGGAGGUAUUGCUGGAUGGUCUGAGAGGUUCACGUGGUGACCCGAGUUCGUGCACUAUGCUAGUUCCUCUAGUAAGUAACUCUAGUAAACCAGAUAUGAGUGAGGGCUCGCAGAAUAAAGGAGACGUGAAAGUGUGCAUGUUCAGAACGCCGGACUUCAGAGGCAUACUAACACGACUCCCCGAUCGGUUUAACGAAGUCAUUGGAUUGCAACAUAUGAAAGUGUAUUUGUUCGACGACACGGUGAUGUUGUCGGGUGCGAAUUUAAGCGACUGGUACUUUGUGGACCGACAGGAUAGGUAUG